AUGGCAGGAUGCGCUUCAACGUUGCAUUUCGCAACAACGUCGGACUACCGAUCCCAGGUGGCCCGGCAGACGGGAGCGCGGGCUGCUUGCAGAAUCGAUCUCCGCGAGCCAGGAAUCAUUGGCCCAGUCCGGGUGUCUAGUCUAGAUCCUAGCCGUCCUACUGUCGAGGAUGAAGUGGCCUUCGCUAGAUGGCCGUCCUUCGCGAUUGGUCGGCCUCUGUCUGGCCUCAUGUCAUGGGAGACAUGCAGGGCCUGUGAUUCGCCUCGCGUCGAGAACGGGUUUCGUCGAGAUCCCCGGUGCAUCCUAUCGGGUAUUAGUAUCCAGCUGGCUCGCGAGAUUGGCACCGAACAGGGCCUUGCAUUGUUUUCCAAUGCGGUGUUGAAACAAGCACUGUCGAGACAGGGUCCUUAUAGUGUCCUCGGCUUGAGCGCUAGCUCUGGUUACCCACAGCUGAUCGUGAUCGAAAUGCAUGUUUGGUGGCGCUGGAGCAAGAUUUGCUGUGACGGAGGUGGCAGCAGCCAAUCUAGGACUGUCAUGCGCGUCAUGUCCCUGUCACUAUUGCCGCACUUGCAUGGCAACUAG